AUGUCUGGUCGUGGUAAGGGCGGAAAGGGGCUGGGUAAGGGAGGUGCUAAGAGGCACCGCAAGGUCUUACGAGAUAACAUCCAGGGUAUUACGAAGCCUGCGAUCCGCCACUUGGCUCGCUGCAGUGGGGUGAAGUGCGUCUCGGGGCUGAUCUACGAACUGACCAGUGGCGUGCUGAAGGUUUUCCUGGAGAACGUGAUCCGUGAUGCGGUGACCUACACCGAGCACGCUAAGCGGAAGACGAUGAUGGUUAUGGAUGUGCUGUAUGCCCUGAAGCUCCAGGGGUGCACCCUGUACGGCUUCAGGGGCUGA